CAGGAUCUCAACGCAAACCUGUAGUUCCACUCCAGACCUGUAGGCCGCAGUGACACUCCUACUGCUUUACCACCAACGAAGAAGCUGGAGACCCGCACGUGUAGCACAGUGUCAACAUGGGGAAAAGAAGGCAGAAUAAGCAGCUUUUCACAAGUUUAACCAAAAAACAGAAGAAACACUUGAAGGAGUUUGGAGAGGAGCAUCCAUUCCAUGAUGUAGUUGGUGCAAGACCUGACAGAACUGAGAUAUUGGACCUGCCAGAAAGCCCAGAACAGUCUGACGUUGAGCGUGAUGAGCUGGAGGACGAGGAGGAGCCAGAGCAGAAAACAGCCUAUCAGAAGCUUCUUUCAACUCUCAGCCAACCAAUCAGUAACGACCAGAGUGAAGAGGAGAGCACUGAUGAUGAAGAGGAAGAAGAGGAGCUUGUCGUUGAAGGGGACAGUGACGGAGAUGGAGAUGAUAGCGAAGAUGGUGAGGAAGAGGAAGAGGGAGAAGAAGAACCUGUAGAUGCAGAUGAGGCUCUGACUGAAGCAGUAGAAGGGGAGGAGAUGGUGGAAAAGGAGGCAGGAGAGGAGUUCGUAGACAAGGAGAAUGAGUCCCAGUUCUGUCUGGAGACCAACUUCACAGAAGAAGGAGGACAAGAGGAAACUGAAAACGAAGCAGAGCAGGGAGAUGACAAAGACGUUUUUGUACAGCAUUUGAAUAUAGAGCUUGGUGAGGAGGAGGUGAAAAAGAUAACCUCGGGCAGCAAAGCCAAGGCUCAGAUCACGUGGCCAAAGUUGGGCUCUUUACUCUGCACCACCCCCCUGGAGAAGUUUGGAUCCAUCAGCUCGCAGAAAGACACAAACCUGCCUGUUUUCCACAAAGUUUUGGAGACCGAGUGGAAGAAUCUGAACCAGGCGUCAAACCCUCAGGGGGAGGCUGUGGACAUCAGCCCAUUGCAGCUCGAGCUGCUUAGUCUUUUGGGCUCCUACAAGGACCUCUACUACCCAGAGGUCUGUCCUCUGAACCAGGGCCCACAGAUCUGCAGUGUAUACUGCCUACACGUGCUCAACCACGUACUGAAGGCCAACUCCCGGGUCCUGGCUCACAACGCGCUGCUAAGGGAGCAGAAAACUCAGGGUAAAGCUGGAGCUGAACCACAGGACGAACCCAGAGACCAAGGACUGACCCGACCCAAGGUCCUGAUUCUCGUUCCGUUCCGAGGCAGAGCUCUGCAGGUCGUCCAGAAUCUCAUCAACCUGCUGGAGACUAAAGGCAAGAAGAUGGUGGUCAGCAGCAAGAAGAGGUUCAAGGAAGAGUUUGGAGAAGAGGAAGAUGACAAGCCAUCCAAUCUGCAGAGACCAGACGAUUACAGGGCCGUCUUCUCCGGCAAUGUGGAUGAUCACUUCAGGAUAGGCAUCUCUAUUGUGAGGAGCAGCAUACGUCUCUACUCCCCCUUUUACUCGUCGGACAUCAUCAUUGCGUCUCCACUCGGCCUCCGUACAGUGCUGGGUGCAGAAGGAGAAAGUAAGAGAGACUUUGACUUCCUCUCCUCGAUUGAAAUGCUGGUGCUGGACCAGUCAGAUGUCUUACUCAUGCAGAACUGGGAGCACGUCUUGCAUGUGAUGAAGCACAUAAACCUGCAGCCGCUGGACUCCCACGGAGUGGACUUCUCCAGGGUGAGGAUGUGGAACCUGAACAACUGGUCCAGGCACUACCGGCAGACGCUGGUGUUCAGCUCCAUCCAGGACCCACAGAUCAACAGCAUCCUCACCAAGCACUGCGCCAACUACCGGGGACAGAUAUCCGUUAAGAACAUGCCAAAAACAGGUUCCAUCUCUCAGGUGCUCGUUCAGCUGCCUCACGUGUUUCAGAUGUUCUCCUCUGACAGCUUUGUGGACCAUGAUGCCCGGUUUCAGUUCUUUGUAGAUAAAGUGCUGCCUCAGUACAGGGACUCAGUAAUGUCCCACACUCUGAUCUACAUCCCGUCUUACUUCGACUACGUCCGGUUGCGCAACUACAUGAAGAAAGAGGAGAUAAACUUUGCCAGCAUCUGCGAGUAUUCCAGCAAGUCUGAAGUGUCCCGAACCAGGCACUUCUUCCAGAAAGGGGACAAACAGUUCCUGCUCUUCACUGAACGAUUCCACUUCUACAAGAGGUACACCAUCAAAGGGAUCCAGAACCUGAUAUUUUAUGGACUGCCCUCAUUCCCCCACUUCUAUAACGAGGUGUGUAACAUGCUAACGGCGGGGGCUCAGGGCGAGGAGGCCAGCUGGACCUGCACCGCCCUAUACUCCCGCUACGACGCCCACAAGUUAGCCGCCAUCACCGGAGCCCAGCGAGCCGGACAGAUGCUGCACUCCAACAAGACUGUUCACCUGUUUGUUACAGGAAGGGAAGAUAAAGCUUCAUGACAGAGCUGGGCAGAUAAAAGAAGGACCACUUUAUAAAACCAAAGGACCAGGUUGACCUUUGGAUUAAGUGCAACUAGAAAGGUCUGCGUUAGUGGAUUUCCAUGUGACACAUCACAGAGAGCCUGUUUUAACAUCAGAAUCAAGUGUACCAAUUAAAAGUGCAGUUAUGUAUUGGUUUCCAUUUGAACUUGAUGUGCCUGGACAAAACAACAUGAUUAUGGGCUUUGUUUAAUGUGUUGUAGGUGGAAGUCGUCCAGAGAUCAUAAAUCAUUGUUAUAUUGUGUCAUAAAGCUUGUAGAUGGUCACUGUGAUAAGGUGUUGUAUAAACAUCACUCACUGGUUGCAUGUGUGUUUCCAGAUUCACCAUACAGUAAAAACAUUUUAUUUUCAUCAUCUAUGUUGUUAUUUGAGUAAAUAUUUUUUAACGGUACCUUUCCUGAAAGUGCUGAACUGACGAUCAUAAUCAGUUUUGAUAGUUGUAAGUAUGGUGGGAUACCCAAUAUAAGUGUUUCAAACCAA